AUGGCCUCAGGCGCUCCCAUCCCAGUGAGCUGGACUUCGGGUUCAAAGGGUUCGAGCGUGGAACUGCUGCACUUUGCGCGACCUUUCAGCGUUUGCGCUACCCACAGGAGUCCCGACGUUCACGUCCUCUGCCGUGCGCUGUGCCCGGGCGCCUACGAAGCGGUGCAGUCGACGUCAACCGCCACGGUGGUGACGGCAGGGACGGCGGCGGCCUAUGCAGACGCGUGGAAAGGCCUUGUGGAGUUGGAGGCGGUCGCUUCGGCCGUGGACGAGGGCCUCGGGCGACAUUUGACAGAUGUCUGGGUGGAUUGGGAAGAGAGCGACGAGGGGCUUUUGGGUCGUUUUGAUGUGAAGGCAGCACUUCUGUUUGCUCACAAGAUGAAGUUUCGUUCCGCCAUGCCCGUGGGCGAAUGGGCCUCCAGCUGGCUCUGCGUGCGGCGACAUCUCAAGGGUCCCGGAGGCCGGCCCUGGCAUGGCCACGGUGCGGUGAUCAAGGCAUCCUUCGACGAGAAGGACUUACUUUUUGCGGAUGAAGACGAGACGUGGCAGGACAGCAACUCCAACCUCCGUGUGACGUUUCG